CUUCUUCUUUAGUACGUAAAUAUCUUGCCCCCUCCAACACACCAUGACUUAACUAGUACCUUUUUUUUCUCCUCAUCAAAUUUUCCAACAACACUGGUUAAUGUCAAUGUUCCAGCUGGCCAGUGGACCCCACUCUAAUGCUGUCCGAUUCUUCCUUUCCAACCAAUACAAAAUCGCCACGUGUUCACCCGCUUCCCAAUGCAACCGACACAUUCCCUUGCGUUAAUCUGCUAUGCGCUAAAUUCUGCCGCCAACUCAAUUUCACUGAUUUUCGUAAAAAGAAAAGUCACGAGUUCGAUCAGAAUAAAACCACCGGAUUAAAGAACUAAACACUUUUAAACUCAUCCCAAACAUGGCACAGUUUCUGUGAUUAGCGUACAUGUUAUCAUGCUUCGGAUUAUUUAUCCACCAGACCGAAAACCAACAAAGGAAUCGUACAGUCGCUGCUGCUCCUGGUGAAGUGGUGGUUGGGUUACUCUCAACCGCAUUCCGGCCAUGGGUCGCCGCAUCUAUGGCGUCUCCGACCUCCGUGUCUUCUACACCGUUGUCUGCGUUCUCUGUGUUUUUCCUCAGGCAAUAACGUCGCGAGACUCAUCUCCCUCGUCACCGACGGCUCAGAUUAACUCCAACUCAAUCUUAGUUGCUCUUCUGGACUCGCAUUACACAGAACUUGCAGAGCUUGUGGAAAAAGCCAUGCUGUUGCAGAAACUAGAGGAAACCGUGGCGGCAAGCAACAUAACAAUCUUCGCUCCGACCAACGAAGCUUUGGACCGAAAUCUCGACUCUGAUUUCAAGCGCUUCCUUCUCGAACCCGCCAACCUUCACUCCCUCCAAACGCUUCUCCUCUCUCACAUCGUCCCCAGCCGAAUCGGAUCCCAAACCCUAAUCCGCCACGUCACCACUCUCUCCAACCACCAAAUCCGUCUCUCCGAAAACCUCACCACCGUCGACCAGGCCCGCGUUACCCACCCGGAUGCCCUGACCCGACCCGACGGCGUCAUACACGCCAUCGACCGCCUCCUCUUCCCCCGCUCCGUCGAGGACGACUUCAACCGCCGCCGCACUCUCCGUUCCAUCUCUGCCGUCAAGCCCGAGGGAGCCCCGGAGGUCGACCCGAGAACCCACCGUCUCAAAAAGCCUCCCCCACCGGCGAAACCUGGCUCCCCGCCGGCACUUCCGAUCUACGACGCCAUGUCUCCGGGACCUUCCCUGGCUCCGGCGCCGGCGCCGGGACCAGGUGGACCGCACCAUCACUUCAAUGGCGAGAAGCAGGUGAAGGAUUUCAUCCACACGCUCCUCCACUAUGGUGGAUACAACGAGAUGGCGGACAUUCUCGUGAAUCUAACGUCGUUGGCCGUUGAAAUGGGUCGUUUAGUGUCUGAGGGUUACAUUCUCACCGUUUUGGCUCCGAACGACGAAGCCAUGGCGAAGUUAACGACGGAGCAGUUGAGUGAACCGGGUGCGCCGGAGCGGAUAAUGUAUUAUCACAUUAUACCGGAGUAUCAGACUGAAGAGAGCAUGUACAAUGCAGUUCGAAGGUUUGGGAAGGUUCGUUACGAUACUCUGCGGUUGCCGCAUAAGGUGGUGGCGCAGGAGGCUGAUGGGUCCGUUAAAUUCGGGCACGGGGACGGGUCGGCGUAUUUGUUUGACCCGGAUAUUUACACGGAUGGUCGGAUCUCGGUUCAGGGGAUUGACGGGGUUUUGUUUCCGACGGAAGAGGAGGAGGAGGAGCGGGUUAAAACCACUACCCGUUCGGGUCAACCCGCUGCAAAAGUUGUUUUCAAGCACAGGAGAGGAAAAUUACUUGAAGCAGCAUGCUGGAUGCUUGGAACCUUUGGACAACAUUCUAGAUUCACCUCUUGUCAAUGAAGACGCUCACUUUUUUUUCUGGCUUUCCCUAACCCUGAAAAAAAUGAUAUCCAGUGGAAAUCCGUUCAAUGUAAAAAGU